AUGACCCACCCAUCCAAUUUUAGUUACGUUUGGCACUACACAAGCCAGGUGAGCAAGAAGGGAUGUCGGCGACUCGUAGCAUUGUGGGCAAGCGGUGAUGGAAGGAGGCUUAUUCUAAACGAUGAAGCGGAUGCCCGUCUGAUUGGCUAUGUGAGCCCUGAAAAGGGCUACUGCAAAGCGAAGGCCCAGAUCAAUUGGUACCAAAGUGCGGCCAAGAGCAACCUGUACAAGCAGGGGCCAAUAAUUGGCUACGAGACGAUGCUAAAAAGCGGCUUCUUGUAUGCCUGGGAAAUGCCAGCGUCCGCUAAGGGCCUGGGGCCGCCUGAUUCUUCUUGUAAAACUCUAUUUGCCGAUUUGUUG